CAAAAAUAGAAGAUAGAAAAGAGGGUGCGAGUCCGAGCUCAGAAAAUUAGUUAGCUCUUCAAUGGCUGCUCUUGGUAAUAUCGCAAGUCUGAGACUCUUCUCUUCAUCAAAAUCAGCAACCACAAGAUCAAGAAGAACCACCACUGUUUCCAGUCCUAGACCAAGAAUUUCCUGCACUGUGGCAUGGGAUCCAGAGGGAAUUCUCGGUCCUCCACAAACAGGUCAUUUUGCUAGAAAAGAUUUCCAGUCGAAACUUGAGAAAGAUUCCGAUGCUCGUGAAGCUUACGAACGUCAAGUUCGUGAAGAAAUUGAACGGCGUCAUGCUGCUCGUCAGGCUCGUGUAGUUCCGGACAGCAUCGAACAAUUAGUUGAGUAUUUCCUAGAUACAGAAGCUAGAGAACUUGAAUUCGAGAUUGCAAGACUAAGGCCUCGGCUAAACAAAGAGUUUUUUGCUCAUUUGAAGUUUGAGCUUGGUCAGUUGCGGUUUGCUGUUUCGAGGACUCAAGCUAUGGAAGAUAGACUAGUUGAGCUAGAAGCAAUGGAGAAAGUUCUAAUGGAAGGUACGGAAGCUUAUGACAAAUUGCAAGCAGAAAUGAUUACAACAAAAAAUUCACUAGGAAAAAUAUUGAGAUCCACUGACGUAAAAGCGACUUUGUUAGAGAUGGUUGAAGCUAAUGAGAUUAAUAAAUCUUUAUUAGCACUUCUUGAUGAAAAUAUCGCUACUGCACAUUUAAGUGACCAGAAAGAAGCUGCAUUUUUCAUGGAGAGAGUUCGUGCUGCGCUUCUCAAGUACAUAACUGCAUAGGUUUAGCAGUUUAUGUUUCUGUUCAAUUUUGUUUCUAGAUGAAUAAUUUUUUGGUUGCAUUUUUUGUUUAUCAAACUGAAGUCUUAUAUUAUGUACUAAUGAUAUGUAAUAAUGAGCCUACUUUGCUGUGAAUGGAAGAGUAUAGUCUGAAUCACUCGAAAAUUUAAAUA